ACUUCUCGAAUUCCAUCUACACAUCUCAACAUGGCGACACGGAAGCGCAACGAAUGGCUCGAUGCCGACGAGAGCGAUGAAGAGGAGCAAAACUACUCCUCCGAAGACGAAGGAAGGACACAACUACUUCGAUCAACCAAGCGCCAAAAGACAGCCCACACGUCCGGCUCAGAAGAAGAGGAAGACGACGACGAGCUCUCUGGUUCCGAAAAUGAGCACGACGACGACGAUGAACAACUAGGCGGCUACGAAUCCGAAGACGCAGAACUAAAACGCCUGGAGAAACUCCGCUCUACCCUCCCCACAAACCUCAAGCUCCAAACCACCAACGGCGUGCUCUCCACUACCCCCAAAAAGGACAAAUCAGGCGUCAUAUAUCUCUCGCGAGUCCCGGCGUUCAUGAAACCCGCGGUACUGCGCUCCCUCCUCACACCAUACGGCGCCGUCGGUCGCAUCUUCCUGACGCCCGAAACCCCCGAACAGCGCCAGCAACGCCUCAAGUCUGGCGGUACACGGCGCAAACUCUUCUUGGACGGGUGGGUUGAGUUUCUGCAUAAGAAGAAUGCCAAGUUCGUGGCAGAAAGCCUCAAUGCACAGAGCAUGGGCGGGAAGAAACGUAGUAGAUGGCACGACGAGGUCUGGAAUAUCAAGUACCUCAGCGGUGUCAAGUGGUCGUAUCUCGUGCAGGAGAUCCAGAACCAGAAUGCCGAGAGGGCUGAUCGAUUGCGCCGCGAGAUUGCAAAGGAUAAGUUGGAGAACCAGCGGUUUUUGGAUAAUUUGGAGAAGGGCAAGAUGAUUAGUGGGAUUGAGACGAAGCGGAAGCAGAAGGGCCAGCCGGUGGAGGGUGAGGAUGAAGCUGGCGACGUACCAAAGGGAGAAGCCGGCGGCAACAGCAACAACUCGGAAAAGAGGAGGCAGCGGAAGAGCAAGUUUGAGCAGCGCGAGAUCAAGACCAAAUUCGACAAAAAGACUCAGCAACCCGAAGAGCGUUUGCAAACUGUGCUCAGCGGAAUAUUCUAG